AUUCCCAGGUCUUGUAAUGGCCACCUCAGGCUACGUAGGUGAGAUCCAGCCGGCAGUCCAACCCCAGGGCGCCGGUGUUACUGUCACACCUGGGCAACCUGACACCAGUUCCACCCCUGCAACUGCCCCUCAGUUUCUGGCUGAGAUCCAGACUACUGUGGCUACUCCCACUGUUGUCACACCCACUGGCCAAACUACUCCCACUGAACAAGCUACUUCUAUCACCACUCAGAAGCCUGCAGCUGGUAGUCAAACCCAGUCCACAGCACAGGCCCAGCCAGCUCAGACUCAGUAUGUGACUGCAGAGAUCCAGGGGUCCCCCACACAGUCUGGAAAUGCUCAAAGUACUCCUCAGUACAUCGUUGUUACAGUCACAGAGGGCUCCCUUCACUCAAGUGACAGUGUGUCAGACUCUAGUCCCCCUCCAGCUGUGGUGCAGACAGGAGUUCCCACACAGGUUGUUCAGCAGGUACAGACAGCUCAGCAGAGGUCCGUGGUGCAGGCCACUUCUCAGAUAGCCAAGACUGAGCCCGGAACCCAGCUCAGUGUCACCAGUCUACAGCCUGUUCAUAUUAGCCAGGAGCUCCUCCGUGCCACAGAGGUGACAGCAUUAGUCAGGGAUAAGAAUCUAGAAGAAUUGCAGGAGCAUGAUGAGAUAGGACAGCCAGAGUUCCUGGCCUGGGCAUCAUCAGACUACAUAAGAGAGUGCUGCGGCAAGCCCCUCUACCUCCCCUUGGAUCUCCUUCAGUAUUACCAGUCACUGUACCUGCUCUCUAUGUGUGUGGACAAAGAGACAGGAGCCCACCCUGCAGUCACCAGCUCAGGCCCAGAUCAGCCACCACUGCAGGCUACAACUACCACUUUCCAAGUCCAGCAGCAGCUCACACCAGUGCCAGUCCAACAUGUGUACACCAAUCAAGUGCAGUAUGUGGAAGGAGGAGACACCAACUAUACCACCAGCACCAUUCGCUCCAGCACCUUUCCUUACACUGACACACCCCUGUACACCCAGACCACAGCUGCCCAGUAUUAUGAAGGUCAGCCAACAUCUGGCUCACAGGCCUCUACCCCUGGAACACCCCUAACCGUCUCUGUGACUGCUGGCACGACAGGGGGUGUGUCCAUGUUUGUGGCCCAGCCCACCAGCGCAGCAGGGGGAGGCGCCACAGUAGUGACCACAGGUGGCACCACAAACGGGGCAGGGGAUGGGGCAGGCACCAACGGUGGCGCAGCAGGCAGCUAUGUGAUCCAGGGGGGUUAUAUGCUGGGCAGCAGCAGCGGAGGGGCAGCUGGCAACAGUCAGAACUACUCACACACCGCCCGCGCCUCCCCAGCCACUGUGAGUAUUACAGAGGGCGAGGAGAGUAGCGUGCCGUCGGCAGACAAAAAGGUACAGUGGUUGCUGGACAACUAUGAGACAGCUGAAGGAGUGAGUCUGCCACGUUCCACCCUCUACUGCCACUAUCUGCUGCACUGCCAGGAGCAGAAGCUAGAACCUGUUAACGCUGCCUCUUUUGGGAAACUCAUUCGAUCUGUGUUCAUGGGGCUACGCACGCGACGCCUCGGCACACGGGGUAAUUCUAAGUACCACUACUAUGGCCUGAGGAUCAAGGCAGGCUCAUCUCUUCUCCGUCUGAUGGAAGACCAGCAGCAUCUGGCCAUGAGGCAGCAGCCCUUCUCACAGAAACAAAGGUUGAAGCCUGUGCAUAAAGUGGAAGGAAUGACCAAUGGCACAGCAUCAGGAGCAGGCCAGCAACAGCAACAGCAGCAGGGAUCAGGGCACGUGGACAUUAGCACCCAGGUUCAACAGUACCAGCAGUUCCUAGAUGCCUCCAGAGCUCUCCCAGAGUUCCCAGACAUCGACCUCCAGGGGAAGUCUCUGCCAGAGGGCAUCGAGCUGGAGCACAUAAAGAGCUUUCAGCUGCUGUACAGAGAACACUGUGAGGCAAUACUGGACGUGAUGGUCAACCUGCAGUUUACCCUGGUGGAGACACUGUGGAAGACCUUCUGGAGGUUCAGUCAGAGUCAGGCUGGAGACGCUGCAUUGGCUGUUCAUGACGAGUCAGAGAAACGUCUCCCUAAGUCCUGCCUGGUGUUGCUGUGCAAGUAUGAGCCAGUGCUGCGCUGGAGCCGUGACUGUGACAACAGUCUGUACCAGGGUCUGGUGGAGAUACUUAUCCCUGAUGUCCUCAGGCCCAUCCCCAGUGCCUUAACCCAAGCCAUCCGCAACUUUGCCAAGAGCCUGGAGAGCUGGCUGACCAAUGCCAUGAUGAACAUCCCGGAGGAGAUGGUCCGCAUCAAGGUAACCUCAGCCAAUGCAUUUGCCCAGACCCUGCGUCGCUACACCAGUCUGAACCACCUCGCCCAGGCGGCACGUGCCGUCCUCCAAAACACGGCUCAGAUCAACCAAAUGCUUUCCGACCUCAACCGUGUCGACUUUGCUAACGUUCAGGAGCAGGCUUCAUGGGUGUGCCGGUGUGAAGACCGCGUCGUCCAGCGGCUGGAGCAGGACUUCAAGCUGACCCUUCAGCAGCAGAACUCCCUGGAGCAGUGGGCUGCGUGGCUGGAUGGUGUGGUCUCCCAAGUCCUAAAACCCUACCAACACAGCCCUGCCUUCCCUAAGGCCGCCAAGCUCUUCCUGCUCAAGUGGUCCUUUUACAGUUCGAUGGUGAUCAGGGACCUGACCCUGCGGAGCGCUGCCAGUUUUGGUUCCUUUCACCUGAUCCGCCUGCUGUACGAUGAGUACAUGUACUACCUGAUAGAACACAGAGUGGCCCAGGCUAAGGGAGAAACCCCCAUCGCUGUCAUGGGAGAGUUUGCCAGCUUAGGCCGGGGUCUGAACCAGCUGGAUCCAGACAAAGAAGAGGAAGAGGAAGAGGAAGAGGAGAGUGAUGAGGAAGGUCAGGAGCUGUCCCUCCCCUCUGACGGGGCCGUGUUAGGAGAGGAGUCUCUGGAGCCGCCUGCCAAGCUGGCCAGAACUGACCAGAGAGUCCUCUUCACCACCGGAUCCGCUGACAACUAACCAACACAACAGCACUGCUAGAUGUGGGUUGAUUAUACUGAUCACACACACAUUAUUGUACAAAGAACACUAAUUUAUACACUUGACACAUGUAUAUAGAUCUUGUAAAUGUGUGUGCACAGUCUCGCUGCAUACUGUAACUGUCCCACUUGUUUUACGCGCACAUACACACACACACACACACACACACACACACACACACACACACACACACACACACACACACACACACAUACAGUCAGUCAGUCACACAAUCAAAACACACACACUCAGACACACAUUCAGUAACUGCUGCUGCCUGGAUUGGCACAACCACCUGUUGGCACCAUUGAUUCAAUACAAAAUCACUGGCAUUACAAUAGGAUGUGGCUUCAAAAACCGGACUCUCUCUCAAUGCAAAGAGAAACACAGAGCAUUUUAACCCUCAGUUGUACGGAUUUGUAAAAAUGAUAGAAAAGCCAGGCAUGUUUUUUUUGUUUCUCUCUCUCUCUCUCUCUCUCUCUCUCUCUCUUUCUCUCUUUCUCAUUGCAUUGCAACCUGUAGCCUCGCUGUCUCCUCGCUGAGAAACUUCUGCUCACUCUAGAUCCUCCUGAAACUGUCACUGCCGUAUCAAAGUGAUCUUGAAAAUACUGUGAUGUGUGUGUAAAGGUAACUUUUACAGGAGGAAGGGGAGGGGAGGGGUUGGGGGUGUGUGGACCUUUUAUCGUAAGCGAUUGCUGAAACUAGUCGUUGCUAAUUCGUUCAGAGGGGAAAGACGGUAAGUGGUUGGGAUUUUAGGUGGGUUUGUCUUAUGUGUGUGUGUGUGUGUGUGUGUGUGUGUGUGUGUGUGUGUGGUGCUUAGCAUCUACUUGUAUGAGCACUGGGGGUCACACCCCUCUGCUGUUACUCCUGGAGGUUGACUGAACAUUGCUUCUCCAUGAUGGUGUGUGUGUGUGUGUGUGUGUGUGUGUGUGUGUGUGUGUGUGUGUGUGUGUGUGUGUGUGUUUAUGUGUUUAUGUGCGUGUCUGGCUGCGCGAUUGUGAGUCAUGCCAAGUGUUGACUGUUUUCCUCUGUAGAUAUUUUCUAAGGCAUUCAAACUCUUUGAUUUUUGGGAGAUGUGUGUAGAUUUCUCUGUUUGAUUUCACUCGCCUGUAAAGAAACGUCGUCGUGUUCUUGGAGUGCCUGUCGCAGCUGCUACACACACACUUGUAAAAAUAAAGCUACGGCUGUGGAAUAGGGGCUCCCAUUAGUUGCUGCAAAAAAUCCUCUCUCUUUUAUUGAACAUCUGGUUCCACGAGAGAGGUUCUGUAUGUGUCAUAUGUUUAUGUUCAAAGUGCUUCAUUCCUGUCCAUCUAAGUUCCUCUUUUGCCUCAUUUUCCUUUGACAUAUCAUUUCCUUGCCUUAUUUCACUAUACUUUUCCAUGUGUGUGCCAAACCUCUUUAUUUGAUCCUGUUGUUUUUAAAUUCUCUCUCUAUGUUUUAAGGAGGACUGUGCCUGAGUAAGAACGGCGAUAUGCUUAUAUUCUACUGUAUAUUUAUCCACUAUUUUGAAUUUUGUUGUCACUAAGUGAACCUCUUGUGCCGUGUAUGGUGCUGUGUUGUCACACAUUGUAAGCAACCUUUGUGUGCAUUAUUGAUUUGUGAUUGUACGUUCGGUUAUCAAUCCUAUCUCAUACCCGAUGACUUUUUCACAAACAGGCUAAGGCCCUGCCUCUUUGCACAUACUGACUGUCGUCUUUAAAACUCCCAGAGAGUUAACCUGAAAAGUUUUUGUUUUUUUUUUCCAUUUUCUUUGAAGUCUCGAGGUGUUUUUAAUGGUGGGGUGCAGGUGUCAAGAUUUCUCGCACCACUCAGUGUGGUUCAGAGAAUCUGGUGAGAGGUGAGAGAUCUGGUGGCUCUUUCUGCACAGUCCUCCACUGAUGCUCAUCUCCCUCGUCUCACUGCAUUUCCGCCUUCCUGCCAAUGGCUUUGUUUUGCUUCAAACAUCCAUAUUCUUAAACACUGUUCAUCAAGAUUGGUUGUUGCAAACAAACAUGUCACUUUUGGAUUUAUUUGAUUUUUUUUUUUUUUAAAUACAGUGUCUUCAAAUAGCUGCAGUGCACACGUCUUCAACGGGCAUUGCCAGCCUCAAACCAGCACAUCAUCCUUUAUAUAUGGAGUCUAAUGCUAUCACAGCUGAGUACAUAUCACUCCAGUCUUUUAAUGAUCUACAGCAUAUAGAAUGGCCAUUGUUUACCCAGUAAGAAAAAUGUUAAGUCAUUUUUUUAUAGUGCAUUGUUUCUUAUGUACAAAACAAAUUGAGAAAAAAAGAUGUUCAGUGGCAGUGUUUUAUGAAUUUGGUCUGCUAUAAGUAUGACUGUGCCUUUGGAGGUGGUAGAAUGCAAUUCAGAUGUUUUUAAUUUUAAAGAUAUAAAUUAAAGAAUUUUUAAAAUUGCA